UUGGCGUUUUUAGGACUUUCCCUGAAAGUUUCGAUUAUGCUUAGCAGUAGGAACCUUACAUCUUUCUAUUAAUUACAACCGCACAUUUCAUGCAUGCAUGGAUGAUUGAAAGCUUUAUAUAAGAAGUUGGAGCUAAGAACAAAUCAGCAGAUAGCAGAACCAAAGCAACAGCCAAUAAACAUGGUGGUGGAAAGCGUUCUUUGCAUGAAUCCAGGAGAUGGUGAAACCAGCUACGCCAAGAAUUCAUUCCUUCAAAAAACAGUGCUAUCAAAAGCUAGGCCUAUCCUAGAAGAUACCAUCAAGGACAUGUUCAGCACCGCCCUUCCCACUUGCUUCAAACUAGCAGACUUGGGCUGCUCUUCAGGACCCAAUACUCUCUUGUUCGUUUCUGAAAUCAUGGACGUCGUUUAUGAGCUUUGCCAACAACUGAACUGUAAACUGCCCGAAUUUCAGGUGUUUCUGAAUGACCUUCCAGGGAAUGAUUUCAAUGCUGUUUUCAAGUCGCUGCCAUUGUUCUACGACAAGUUUGGAAAAGAAAAGGGAGACUUGUAUGGACAGCACUGUUUCAUAACAGGAGUACCUGGUUCUUUCUAUGACAGGCUCUUCCCAAGCAAGAGUUUGCAUUUCUUUCAUUCCUCUUACAGCCUACACUGGCUUUCUAAGGUUAUGUUACUGUCUUUUUUUCAUAAUUACUAUCUCUAAGUUUAAUAAUGAUUUAUCCCAGUAACUGGAAUGCCUAGUUAAGAUAGCGAAAUAUCAAAGACAAACAAAAUUGGUAGAGAAGAAGAGAAACAAGAUGUUUAUAACCAUUACUGAGUUAAUAUAAAACCUGAAACCUCGUUUAUCACAGCUUAAAAUAACUACAGAAUCAAAUACAAAAUACAUAUAAAUAAUAGCAAUUGCUUGAAUCAAUACUAUAGAAUAUUGUGCUGUUGCCUGUUGUGGUUUAAAUUAGUCACGCGUGAACAUAAACAUGGCAAAGCCUGACCAUAUAUUUUCAUGACAUGAGGUGCCAGAAGGUAUAUCAAAUAACAAGGGGAACAUAUACAUGGCAAAGGCAAGUCCUCCUAAUGUAUUUAAAGCUUACUUAGAGCAAUUCCAGAAGGAUUUCUCCUUGUUUCUGCGCUUACGCUCAGAGGAAAUAAUACAAGGAGGACGUGUAGUUUUUACAUUCAUCAGCAGGAGUACUGACGAUCCAAGAAGCAAAGGUUGCUGUCUUAUAUGGGAGCUGCUAGCAAAGUCACUGCUAGACUUGGCAGCAAAGGGACUUGUUGUAGAGGCCGAUAUCGAUACCUUCAAUCUGCCAUGCUAUAAUCCUUACGAAGGAGAAGUGAGGGAAAUUAUCGAAAUGGAGGGAUCAUUCGAUAUUGAUACGCUAGAAACUUUUGCUAUUAACUGGGAUGCUAAUGAUGAUAUCAGCAACAAAAAUUUUGUGUUUGACAAGGACCAAUGUGCACGAAAUGUGGCAAAUAUUGUAAGAGCAGUUGCAGAACCGAUGUUGGUUAGUCAUUUUGGAGAUGAUAUUGUAGAAACAUAAAUUUUCUACCAAUCAAAUUUUGCCAUGUGUUAUUUUA